CUUGUUUUGGAGAUGAACAUUAUGAGAAUUUCAGAUUUUUUUCUUUUUUUCUGAAAAAAAAUAGGAAAAGGAAUUGAAUUAUGAUUGUCUGAUAAUCUGCUUGAAUGUUUCAGCUAACUCCAAUGCCUGAUUCGUCAUUUUGAAACUUGCAUUCCUUCUCUUUAGAGCUGAAUUUAUCUAUUGAUGUGAUUACUAUUUUCUUCACUAGUAAAUUUGUGCUCAUGGAAAGGAAGUUCAUAUUUAUAUUGCAUAAAUAACUUUUUUCUUUUUUGGGUUCUUCUUAUCUUUGUUUUUAAAUUGUCAUUUUUCCCUUUUCAGGGCUUCAAAAUUCAUUAAGAAAACUUUGGUUUGAUAUGAGUUUCUUCUCAUGCUGAAAGGGAAAUGUUCCUGCAAGGUCUAUUCAACUAUUUCUGCAUUCUGCAGAUCAGGACUGCUAGCGACAAAGUCGGACAAUUGUACAUUUAGAGUGUUUUGAUAAUUGGAUUUGAAGCUAAAUGCCCCUUCCUAGUUUCCACUAUGAAUUCGACGUCGGAUAACCUCAUAAAACAAUAUGGAAGAGCCAACAGCCCCAAAUUUUCUGGUACUUCAGGUGUUUUCGAAUCGACUAUAAUCAUUAAAGAUGAUACUGAGGCAAAGCAGCAAAUAAUAUUGAUAGAGUGGAUGAAUAGUAUUGUCCCUAAUUUGAACUUGCCAUUAAAAUCUUCAUCUGAGGAGUUAAGAAUCUGCUUGUUUGAUGGCACUGUUCUACUUGAAAUACUGAAGAAGCUUAGACCUGGUUCUGUCAGUGAGGAUGCCUCUGAUCAUUCUACACCAUCAUGCUCAGAAAACAUCAAAAAGUUUCUAGCGGCUAUGGGUGAAUUGGGGAUCAACCAAUUUGAAGUAUCAGACCUAGAGAAGGGAUCUAUGAAGCCUGUUGUGGAUUGCCUUUUAGCACUUAAAGCACAAGUUGCCAACGAGGGAGACAAUUUUUCUGUCACUAGUACAACUACCAGAGGUGGAAGUCCUUGUGAGAGUGUAUCUUCUCGUGGGCUUGAGUCUCCACAGUCUGGAGAAGGAAGGAUGAGGGCUUUGCAAUAUUUAAAAUUCCAACGAGCUCUGAGUAGUCCUGGCAUGACAGAGGCAUCAACUGCAUUGAUGCAUCAUAUUGGACAUAAGUUCCAUGAGGUGUUUCAAUUGAAACAAGGGCGCUAUGCAGAUCUUCCUGCUGCAAAGAUUUCGGAGAUGAUGAGAUCAAAUAGUUUGGAUAAUGCACCAACUCAGUCACUUUUGAGCGUUGUGAAUGGAAUUCUGGAUGAAAGCAUUGAAAGAAAGAAUGGCGAAAUACCUCAUCGUGUGGCAUGCCUUUUGAGAAAAGUCGUGCAGGAGAUUGAACGGCGUAUUUCAACUCAAGCAGAACACUUAAGAACUCAAAACAACUUGUUCAAGGCUCGUGAAGAAAAGUACCAAUCACGAAUCAGAGUUCUUGAAACCCUUGCUUCUGGAACUGGUGAAGAGACUUUGAUUGUCAAGGGCCAGCUUCAACAAAUAAAGCUUGAGAAGUCCAGAAUGGACGAGAAGAAGAAAGGUGAGGAGGAAGAUAUAAUAAAAUUGAUCAGAGAGAAGGAGGAAACAAAUCUUGAACUUUCCACAUUGAAGCAAGCAUUGGAAAGAGCCAGGAGGAUGCUUGACCUUGAGAUGUCUGAAAUGGAUGAAAGAAGGAAAACUGAGGAGGAAGAUGUAGCAAAAUUGAGGCAAGAGAAGGAGCAGACAAAUCUUGAACUUUCUACAUUGAAGCAGGAAUUAGAAAUGGUCAAAAAGACACUGGGACAUGAGAAGCCCACAAUGGAUGAAAAAAGAAAACACAUGGGGAAAGAUGUGAUGAAAUUGAUGAAAGAGAAGGAGCGAACAGAUAAUGAACUUUCAAAACUAAAGCAAGAACUGGAAAUGGCCAAAACGACACCUGAACCCAGGAAGUCAAAAAUGGAUGAAAAAGGUACACAAGGGGAAUAUGUGGUUAGAUUAAUGAAAGAGAAGGAGCAAACAAACAUUGAACUUUCGACGUUGAAGAAUGAGUUGGAAAUAGCGAAAAGGACACUUGAACUGGAGAAGUCUAAAAUGGAUGAAAAGAGAAAAGUUGAGGAGGAAAAUAUGGUUAAAUUGGCUAAAGAGAAGGAGCAAAUAAAUAAUGAACUUUCAGCAUUGAAACAAGAACUGGAAAUAACUAAAAAGACUUGCGAACUUCGUUGUUUGCAAAUGGAAACAGAAGCUAACGACGCUAAAGCAGAUCUUGAGAAGAGGUUACAAGAGCUUGUGCAACUUUUGGAAGAAUCAAGGAACAAGGUGAAAGUGCUUGAGUCAUAUUCUAAGUCGCAAAAACAAAGCUGGAAUAAGAAAGACCUGAUUUUCCAGAGUUUGGCAGAGUUUCAGUUUGGUGCACUGCAGGAAUUAAGGUCGUCGUCACAGUGCAUCAAGCGCGAAAUUUCGAAAGCGCAAAAGAGACAUUCAGAGGAUUUUAAUUGCCUAGAAUUAAAGUUUAAAAGUUUAGCAGUUGAAAGUGAGAACUACCAUUUAGUUCUUGCUGAAAAUCGGAAGCUGUUCAAUGAGCUGCAAGAUUUAAAAGGAAAUAUUAGAGUUUAUUGUCGGAUAAGGCCAUUGAAUCCUGGUCAGGCUGAAAAACAGACAACGAUAGAGUAUGUUGGUCAAAAUGGAGAGUUGGUUGUUGCAAAUCCUUCCAAACCAGGGAAGGAUGGCAACCGAUUGUUUCGGUUCAAUAAGGUCUAUGGUCCAAAUUCCACUCAAGCGGAUGUAUUUUCGGAUACACAACCGUUGAUUCGCUGUGUUCUUGAUGGAUAUAAUGUGUGCAUAUUUGCUUAUGGACAGACUGGUUCAGGGAAAACUUACACAAUGACUGGUCCUAAUGGAGCAACAAAAGAAGAAUGGGGGGUUAAUUAUCGAGCACUCAACGAUCUUUUCAAUAUCUCUCAAAACAGAAGCACUUCUUUUAUGUAUGAAGUUGGAGUACAAAUGUUUGAAAUAUAUAACGAACAAUUACGUGAUCUGCUAGUAACUGAUGGUUCUCAGAAAAAACUUGGGAUCAAGUCUAGUACCCAACAACAUGGGUUAGCUGUUCCUGAUGCUAGCUUGCACCCUGUAAGAUCACCUUCAGAUGUUAUAGAACUAAUGCAAAUUGGAUUCAACAACAGAGCUGUUAGUGCCACUGCCUUGAACGAAAGAAGCAGCCGCUCACACAGCGUUGUCAGUAUUAAUGUUCGUGGGAAGGACUUGCAUACUGGCGAUACUUCACAGGGUAAUCUUCAUUUGGUGGAUUUAGCUGGAAGUGAAAGGGUAGAUCGCUCGGAAGUAACAGGAGAUAGGCUUAGAGAAGCACAACACAUAAACAAAUCUCUAUCUGCCCUUGGAGAUGUCAUUUUCGCUCUAGCACAAAAGAGUUCUCAUGUACCCUAUAGGAAUAGCAAGCUAACUCAGCUCCUUCAAACCUCUUUAGGAGGUCAAGCAAAGACACUUAUGUUUGUGCAGCUCAACCCCGAUGUAAGUUCAUAUGCUGAAACUAUGAGUACCUUAAAGUUCGCAGAAAGAGUCUCAGGAGUUGAGCUAGGAGCAGCACGAAGCAGUAAAGACGGCAACGUUAGAGAAUUAAUGGAUCAGGUGGCAUCUCUUAAAGACACAAUAUCAAAAAAAGAUGGGGAGAUUGAGCAAUUACAAUUGCUUAAAGAUCUAAAAAGCUCUUAUCCUAGUGCCCAUGGCGAAAAGCAAGGAACAGGUCCACUGAAGCACGGAUAUUCCUCACAUGAUGCACUCCAAAAGCAAUCCUCAAAGGCGAUCUAUGAUUAUUUAGAAAACAGUGAUUAUCAUUCUGAAGUUGAUUCUCAGCAGUCACUAGACGAUUUUAAACAACAAAGAAAAUUUCUCAAGCAUUCAAGAUAUUUUGCUGGAGACGUGAGCCAGGAUGCUGAAUCUUUAAGAUCUGCAGAAGGGGACCAUGAUGAUAGACUAAGUGAUUGUUCUGAGAGUUAUCAUUCUGUCGGAGCAGAACCUGAAAUCCCAGUAGAAAAAGCCACAAAAACAGUGGACAGGAAGAGAAUGCUACCUAGGCCUCGGAGCCUACAAAAGUUAGGGCAACUUACAGUAUCAAUGGGAAGAGACACAUCAAAAGCACCAACAAAUGUGAGGAAAACUACCACUACCAGCUCCUCAAUCAAGCCUCCGAGACGAUGGACGUAAAAUAUAGAGAAAACACAUAUUGAAAUUUUUAUUUCAUAAUUUUUUUCUUAAUAAUAUUUUCAGGGUUAUGAAUUUGUUAUGUAUUUUUAUAGUAUAAUGUAGUUUUAUAAUCAUAGAUUUGCAUUUAAUUAGGUCUAUUUUCUCCCCAUUUCCAUUCCUCAAUGUGGUGGGCAGAUUUGUAUUAAGCAACAAUUAGGGCUUGUAUAUUUCAUCUCA